AUGAAAUUAUUAUUGACAAGAGCAGCCGGUGUUACCACAUCAAAAUCUAUCACAAGUUCACUUGUAUCCAAACGCUUACACUCGACUGGCUUGGUGGCCGCCAUGUUGCCCGCUAGUCAAUCACGUUUACGAUUAGAAGAAGAUCGUUACUGUCAGAAUCUGAGUACCCCUAUCAAGCAACCUUAUCAAGGCGUAUUGAAAGCAUUAGCUAAAAAGACAGAAUCUGAUUUCCGAAAUGCACACAUGAUGGUGAGUGAGACACAGGGAAAGUUGUUGCAUCAAUUGGUAUCCAUCCUGAGACCAGCAAAUGUGUUGGAGAUCGGUGGGUUUACUGGUUAUUCGGCUAUUGCGAUGGCCUCGGCAUUAGCACCCAAAGCGAAACUCUUGUCGCUUGAGCUUGAUCCCAAACACAUUGAAGUGGCUGAGCAAUUUGUCAAUCAAGCUCAAUUGCAAGACAAAAUUCUGUUCAAGCAAGGUCCUGCAUUGGAUAGUUUGAGUUACUUGGGCCAGGAGAAUCCAGCCAGUACCCAAUAUGAUUUGAUCUUUUUGGAUGCUGAUAAAGCAGGUUACAUCCAGUACUUUGAUUCAAUUAUGGAGCAUGAUUUGCUUUCGGAUCGGGGCAUCAUCCUUGUUGACAAUGUCUUAUUCUUUGGUCAUGUUCACACCCAAGCUGCAGAUUAUGUCAGCCAGGCACCCAAUAAGGACAGCAGUAAUGGUGAAGAAGGCACCAGAAACUUGAGAAAGACGGCUUUAAAAGUACAUCACUUCAACCAACAUGUUGCCAAGGAUCCUCGCGUCGAGUCUGUCAUGUUGCCUGUGUUUGAUGGCUUGACAAUUAUCAGAAAGAAAGUAUAA